AUGACGGCAAAGACAGGAGAUAACAAGAUCCGAAGAUCCAGAAACGGCUGCAACGAAUGUCGACGUCUCCACCGAAGAUGCGGGGAGCAGAAACCGGCCUGCGAAACAUGUGUGACCGAUGGGAAAGAAUGCUCGUAUGAGAGGACCUUAGGCUGGAUCACUGGAACGUCGAAACGAGCGAACGCGAGAGCACGACGAGCGCAAGUUCGUAAUGGAGUCGUCUCACCGCCUGCGAGUAAUUCUUCCUCAAGCGACGACGACGCCACAUCACUGCAAGCUCUCCCAGGACUACCGGGAACUGUGAAUUGGCUCCCCUGGCUCUCAACUCGACAUCGUUCUCUCGUUGCGCAUUUCGCAAACACCACCUGCUCGAUUUCGUUCUUGGAUAUCAAAUCCCACCAUAGUCUCUGCUCGGCGAUUCUGCCCCUUGCGCUGGAUACGACAUGGAGCUUCCAUCUCGUGGCAGCUAUUUUGUGUGUGUCUAUGACCCAUCGGACGUCACUGGGAUUAGAGACGGAUGCGAGUGAGAUUGAUUACUGGGAAUCGAUGGCCGUGGGGCAUUUAAGACGGCAGAAAGUCAACCACGACGAGACGUCGGAGAACGUCUUCGCGACGACGGCUCUGCUGCUCUGUAUGAAGGAGAUUAUUUCGGGCGGUGAGAAGGCGCAUUCGUGGCGAGCGCAUCUUCAAGGCGCGAUGGCGGUUUUGGAGAAACCUACCCUGGAAGGGACGCUGGAACGAGAACACCUCCGAAAACUCGGGCAGACGAUGCAGCGGCUCGCGUUGAUUUUCUGCCUGCCUACACAUGCGAAGGUGAAGCCUGUGUGUUCCAGUCCGUUCCACUUCUCAUCGUGUGAUUACUUCGACGAAGAACUGGGCUUCUCAGCCGCAAUCCUCCACACACUGCACGACAUCGAGCAAGUCGCCGCCGACAUGACGGCUCUUCUCCAUCUCGAACACGCCUCAACGGGCCAAGACAUCGACAUGGAAAGUCUCUGGGCCUCACUGAUGGACCGCAUCAACGCCCUAGUCAAGCAAAGCGAAGUCAUCCUGGAGGACCUCGCCGCUCUGAAAGAAGAAGUCGAAUCCGCGACCGAACUGACCGAGCACGAAGAAUUCGCCCUGCUGAACCAGGCGUACUACCACAUCACGCUCUCACAGGUUCAGCUGCGGUUACUAGGCCACGACGUCGACAGCGACCACGUCCAAGAAGCGCUCGCGAGCGCCAUGCACUGCGUCCAGAAGAUCAAAUUCCGCGACCACUCGUCCCCGGCCAUGGCGCUGCUGCAGCCGGCGUUCAUCAUCGGCUGUUUCGCGGGUUCGGGGGAGAUGAGGGAGCAGGUGCUGGCGGUGUUGGACACGAUGAAGAGGCAGCAUGGACGGGAGAAUGCGAAGAGGGCGAGGGAGUUGUUGGUGGAGUUGUGGGUGAGGCGGGAUGGGGAGUCGGAUGUCGCGAGGGAGGAGAGGUUGCAUUUGAGGCAGAAGUUGGGGGUUCCGCAUCGUGCGCGGUCGUAUGAAUGGUCGGAUUUGAUGGCUGAGAAGGGGUGGGAUUUAUGUUUGUGGUAG